GUCAAAGGCUAUAGCACUAGCCAUAGCAGCUUUUGGUAGGAUUAUCAUUUCUGAGUCUGACUUAGCGUGGCGACAAGCCAUUGUUUACUGACCUUUCUUGGGUAUAUUUUUAUUAGUCGGCUAUAUCACUACAAAACGUUCGUUUUAAAAGCUUUACCUUGACUAUUUUUUUUUUUAGUAGGAGCGGUCAAAGGAACCUGUAUCACUAUAUUUCGACUGCAAGUCGUGCGUCAAAGGCGCGUCAACGUUUUCCAGGCGUCGGCUUGCUUUUGCGGUUUUGAGUUUAGUGUGAGGACCACAGCAAACGAAGCUGUCGACGGAGUAUUGAACAGUCGUUACCUUGGCUGUGGAUAGUAUGGCCAUUACUUUCACAUAACCAGCUAUAGUAAGUCAAUCAGCCUCUAUCUCCCUCUCUCGCUCGCUCUCUCGUGCGCGCUACCUCAACCGACUCUCCGGUGACAGAUUGUGAUACAGCAGCUAUAUCAUCGAGAUGUCGACCCCAGAUGCAGGAACCCCGGGAGCCCCAGGGGCCCCUGAGGGAGACGGGGGACCCGCGGCCCCGGCCCCCAACCUCACCAGUAACCGAAGACUACAGCAGACACAGGCACAGGUGGAUGAGGUGGUAGACAUCAUGCGGGUGAACGUGGACAAGGUGUUGGAGAGGGAUCAGAGACUGUCGGAGCUGGACGACCGGGCCGACGCACUGCAGGCCGGGGCCUCGCAGUUUGAGAGCAGCGCCGCCAAGCUGAAGAACAAGUACUGGUGGAAGAAUCUCAAGAUGAUGAUCAUAAUGGCAAUCAUAGGAGUCAUAUGUGUUGGAGUUCUCUUCUUGUAUUUCUUCUAUUGAGCUGGUCUCUUCAGGGACGGACAACAAGCGCAAGACGAGAUACUGGAAGGAAGCCAAAUCCACAUGUGUAAAAUCCUGCCUUUCCCUUACUCAUACUUUCCCUUAACCCUCACUCCUCACCAUGCCUUCCAUCCAAAACCACCAUCUGUAUGUAGUCGUUGGCGCAAUGCCUCUCCCUCUUUUUUUCUCAUUGUGGUUUUCUGCUGUUGUGCCCUUGAGCAAGGCACGCAACCCCAUACAAUUGCUCCAGUGGCGCUAUUUUGUGGCUGAUGCUGUGCUGCUCCCAACCUUGUGGGUGUGUGUUUGUCUGUAAGGUUGGGUAUUGUGACAGCAAAUCAAUCCAUUUGUAAAAUGGACAACAACGUAUACUAUCCAAUUGCUGGCGCUCUCUAGCUCUCGUUUUGUCUCUGUUCAACUUCCAUGUCUGUUUCUGCUUGAAGAGCUUAAAUGUAUGUGAAAUCUGAGUCUAUAACAUUUAUGGACUGAAUAUAGACUUCUGUAAUUUAUUGAGGGAAAAGACAGAAGAGAAACAGAUAAAGGCAGCAGGUGCCACCACAUGGAGAAAGUGAGCUUGGAAAUUGGGGGAGUGAAUCCUGUUGCAGAAAAUAAUCCUGAUCUGUCCUUUCCCCCUUUUUUCCUUCAAUCAAUUAUUGUUUCCUCUGUUUUAAAAAUGAAUAGGGUACAUCUUUUCAGUAUUGUGAACCUAUUUUUAUUAUAAAUGUUUUUGGGAAUAUCCCAAAUAUAUUUUUCUCUGCAAUAAGCCCUCGCACCAAUCUAAUUUCAUUGUAAAACACAAAUAACUGUAAAGAAAGAAGAUAAGAUAUGAAAUUUCACUUUUUGUCUCCACUGUUAAUGCAAUGCACAAAUCAAACAAAACAUUCCCACGUGUAGUUUAGAGGCAUUAAAACAUAUCAAAACAGUAUAGUAUAAUAUUACUUUAGUUGAAAGAUUAAGUAUUGUUUGAAACAUUAAUUCACACUGGAAACCUGAUGGAUUUUUCACACAUUUGUCUUUUGACCAAACAGAUCAGCUCUGAAAAGGAUCUGAUGUGAAAAGAUCCAAUGCAAGUGGUUGAAAUCCCAAUUAAUGGAAGACACAUCAGAAUUGGGUUGCUUGUUUAAACACAGCCACCAGUUUAUUUUCCAGUAGGCCCAAGAGCCCUUGAGUAGCCGGAGUAGCCUAGUAAUUCUCAUAAUGGGUUAGGUGACAAAAAAAAUGGGGAAUAACCUGGGAAUAAAUGGUAAAUUACUGGAAUUUUGACACUCUAAUCAUUAUGUCAAUAGCUAACUUUGUCAAAAUAAGAAAAAAUAGAAAUGUUAUGUGUGACGUGUAAAUGGAAAUAUGUCUCUAAUAGAGAUAUUAGAGUUUGUUAAAUAGUAAAAUCUAAUGACCUUGAUGGAAUAUCUUUUAAUAAUAGCUGGUAAAUUGUGUGAUUGAAUAAUUCUAAAGAAUGUUUAUUUGCUUAUUCUAAUAAAGAUAUGAAUGUGUAUACAUUU